ACCCCUUUGGUCGAACUGGUUGGGGGCAAACCAAAUACCCAUAGUCCUCUCCUCCUUUACCUUCCCCCGUUGUUGCGCCCGGUGCUUCCAUGGCGUCCCAUCUCCGGCCCGCCUCGUCGUGCCCCUCCUUUCGCCUCCCCUCCUCCACAGCCUCUGCACCUCCGCCGAGCCUCCUUUCCAGGCGGCAAAAGGCACCUCCCGCCCCACCCACGCCCCACGCCCCUCCUUCCCGGCCCCGCGUCGCCGCCGCCGCGGCCUACGGAGGCGCCCAGCUGCUGGGUCCCGUCGACACGCAGACAUUCAUCAUCGCCGCCUCCGUCGUUACCGCGGUUUCCUUGUCCCUCGUCCUCGGCCUCAAGGGGGACCCCGUUCCGUGCGACCGGUGUGCUGGAAACGGAGGCACAAAGUGCGUCUUCUGCAAUGACGGCAAGAUGAAGGCGGAUAACGGGGUGGUUGAAUGCAGGGUAUGCAGAGGAGCAGGGCUGAUACUCUGCAAGAAGUGCUCAGGUUCUGGUUACUCUAAGCGCUUGUAGCCCCAGCCCCAGCUACAGAACAUCAUGUGCAUUUGUCAACCGGGCAAGUUGCGAGUUUAUGUGUGGGCGCUGUACAGAUAAAUGGAGGACUCUCUCCAUUGCCGAACUGUUUAGAUAGAUAUGAGUAUAUACGAUGGCGAUGAUGUAUUAGAAUAUGCAGAAUUGUAUGUUUCGCCCUGUCCAUGUAUACCCGUCCUUAAUCUUCUGAUAAGAUAUAGUACGUACGAUGGCUCCACGUCCCCUGUUUAGUUCAUGUUUUUAUACUAUGUACCAAAACUGAUGUUACCAGUCAGAUUUAUCAAUGUUGCAACUUUUGCAGCCCUAA